AUAAUAUGUAUAAUUUAUGGUCUUAUAUACCUCUUAAAUGAUAACAAUGUUAUUAUUAUAGAUAAAUCUUUUGAUUUUAAAGAAUUUUAUUCUGAAUAUAAUAGAUAUUAUCCUAAUAAUAAAUUACCUUCAAAAGAUUUUUUACAAUGAUUUAUAGGUUUCUUUGAAGGUGAUGGUUCUUUUAUUAUGGGUCAAGAAGCUAGAACUAUUAAAAUAAUACAAUCAAUGAAAGAUAGAAAUAUUUUAGAAUAUAUACAAAGUAAUUUAGGUAUGGGAAAUAUAGGUAUUCAUUCUAAUAAGAAUAAAACUUUAUAUUGAUCUAUUACUAAUUUUAAACAUAAAUAUUUAAUAUGUUUAAUAUUUAAUGGUAAUUUAGUAUUACCUAUGAGACUUUUUAUAUUUAUUAAAUUUAUAGCUGAAUUAAACAUUGAUUUAUUAAGAAAUAAUUUAAAAAUUAUUAAUAUUAAAGAAUAUGUAAUAUUACCUACUUUAAAAGAUUAUUGAUUAUCAGGAUUUACUGAUGCUGAAGGAUGUUUUACUGCAUCUAUAUUAAAUAAUAGUCCUCAUGCUUAUAGAGUAAGAUAUAUUCUUACUCAAAAACAUCUUUGUAAUAAAUAUGUUUUAGAACAUAUAUUAUCUUUAUUUAAUAAAGCAAUUGGAGUAAAACUAGGUGAAGUUUAUCCUCAUUAUGAAAAUAAUUAUUGAGAAAUACGUAUUAAUGGUUAUAAAAAUUGUAAUAAAAUAUUAUUUUAUUUUGAUAAUUUUCCUUUAAAAACUAUCAAAGGUGAUAGUCUUAUUGCUUUUAAAAAAGUAUUAAAUAGUAUAGGGAAAAAAGAGCAUCUUGUUCCUGAAAAUAGAAUUAUAUUACGGGAGUUAUGUAAGACUAUUAAUAAAUCUAAAGCCAAAGUAUUGAAAUAA